AUGUCUUCAGUCUAUCCCCAGCAAACGCCUCCGUCACCACCAGAAAGCCCAUCCGAAGCCACCGUUGAAGUCUACGCGCUUUCAGGGGGACACUUCUCACUCCCCGAACGGUUCUUCGUCAAUCCGGCGUCUGACACGGCCCGGAGGACGGUCCCUUCUUUGUCGUUUCUAGUGGUACACCGAGACGAAGAGACCGAUCGAACGACAAGGAUAGUAUUUGAUCUGGGUCUUCGCCGUGAUAUCAAAAGAUAUUCGCCGCCCAUCCAGAAACAUGUAGAGACCAGACAGCCCAUGGUAACCCUUCCGGAUGUGACGGCGAGUCUGGCUUCGGGCGGGUUGACACCGGACGAUAUUGACUACGUCAUCUAUUCCCACGUACACUGGGAUCACGUCGGCGAGCCUCGGGACUUCUCCAGGAGCACAUUUGUGAUCGGUAGCGGGGCGAAGGCUCUUUUGCAGGGGCAAGGGUCGCUGCGAGGAAGCCAUUCAUUUUUCGAGUCUGAUCUGUUGCCGACUGACAGAACCAUCGAGCUUUCGAACCCUUACGAAGACAUAGAUGAAGAAACCAAGCACCAGAUCCUCGAUCCCAAGGGUCCAGAUUUCAUCCAAGAAUGGAAGCCUUCAAGGAACCUGCCGCGAGUUCUCGACAUUUUCCAUGACGGCAGUCUCCUGAUUGUCGACUCGCCAGGUCAUCUGCCUGGACACAUCAAUCUGCUUGCAAGGACCAGUCCGACGACUAGUGUCUAUCUGGCGGGAGAUGCCUGCCAUGACAGGAGAAUCAUGCGGAAUGAGAGACAAAUUGGCGAAUGGAUGGACGAGCACGGACACGUUUGUUGCAUCCAUGCCGACAAGAAACUGGCAGAGCAGACAAUCGAAAGAAUUCAAGCAUUGGAGAAGAGCGGCGUUGAGGUCAUCUUUGCACACGAUUUCGAAUGGGAAGAGGACCCGAAGAAUCGGUCGAGGUUCUUUGGAAGCUCUUGA